ACAGCUCAAAUUUACAGAGCAGAAAAAUGACAAACUUUUGUGCUGCUGUUGGAUGCUCGCAUGAAAUAAAUGCCAAAACCAAGGAGGAGUCAAUAACAUUUCACAGGUUCCCAAAAGAUAAGGUUAAAAGACAGGCUUGGACAGUAGCACUGAGGAGAAAGGACUUUGAGCCAAAUGACCACUCGGUUGUUUGCAGCCGUCAUUUCAAGUCAGCAGACUUCGACAGAACUAGACAGACAAAAUUAUUGAAAACUCAAAGGCGAAUGGGGAUGUUUACACUAAAGACUGCUUCACCAAGACCUUAAGAGGAGUCAAGAAGCUGAGGCAGGAAGCUGUGACAACCUUGUUUGUGAUGUCCAAUGCCAAGGCUGGCCUGAGGAAAGCCAUCAGAACAAGUCACGCAGAUUUUGUUCCCUGUGGACAGGAUGCACCUGAAAAGGACCUAGGCUCCAAAUCAAGAAUAGUAGAGACAAGUUUGCCAUGUGCAGAUCAUGAUUACAUCCAAAGAUCCCUGCCAUUGGAGGAGCAGCUUCAAGAGGCCCGAAAGACAAUCGCAUGCCAAGAAGAGCUUGUGAAACUAAAGAAGAACCAGUUAUUUCUCGAACGCUUCCAAUGUUAUGACAAGUUAAUUAUGUUCAUGGCUGUUUUUAUGGCUUUGCAGCCUACAGCUGAAAGCAUGUUAGGAUGGGGUCAUUCACAAGCAGAUCAACACAUUGUGAGAAUGGGAUUUAAAGAGCAAAGCCUACCUCUCAUAGACCAUUUUUUUCUAUUUCUGUGUCAUUUGAGGCAGGGUUUGUUAGUGCAGGACCUGGCAACUCGUUUCAAUUUAUCACAGACAACUGUCAGCAGAAUUUGCAUCACUUGGACAAACUUUCUCUAUUACAUGUUAGGAUCUAUCCUUGCGUGGCCUUCACGAGAAAAAGUAAAUUAACCUAUGCCUCCUUUCAAAAAUACUUUUCCGCGUACAAGAGUAAUAUUAGAUUGUACAGAAUAACAUGUUAAAAGGGCCACUUUAAAAGUACUCAAUUCAGAAACCUACCCCCAUUACAAAGGAACAAUCACACUGAAGUCCUUAGUGGGUAUAAGCCCAUAUGGUGAACUUACUUUCGUCAGUGACUUAUAUAUAGGGGUCAAUAUCAGAUAAAGAAAUCACACAGUCGUCGGGAUCCUCUCUUUGUUAGAACAAAGACUUCCUUAUUAGUGACCUUUUGUCCUCCAUAAAUGUCAGUCUUGUAACACCACCAUUCUCAAAGUCUAAUAGACAGUUUACCCCAGAGGAGCUGUUGCAGACACAAGACAUUGCUAGCUUUAGGAUUCAUGUUGAACGGGCCAUUAUAAGAAUUAAAAAGUACAACAUUUUUGAUAGAACAUUGCCCAUGACCACUUUAAGGUCUAUAAACCAAGUCUGGAAGGUGUGUGCCAUCCUCACAACUUUUCAAGGACCAUUAUUCUGAACCUUAAUGCACACAAAACUGCCUUGUCUUCGCGACAUGCAUUAGCUACUGUAAUGCUAUGUUUAUUUCUUGCGACCAUGUUCAGGCAAUUACAGGCUACCAAAAUACUUUUGAGGCGUCUUGUAUAAAAGCAUCUACCAUGUAAAUGAUUUAAAAAUAAAACUGCAACUUGGGAAAAGUUAAGACCUGCCUUUGUUAUAUACCGUAUUUUCCGCACUAUAAGGCGCACUUAAAAGCCUUUAAUUUUCUCAAAAAACGACAGUGCGCCUUAUAAUCCGGAGCGCCUUAUAUAUGGAUUAAUUCUGGUUGUGCUUACUGACCUCGAAGCGAUUUUGUGUGGUACACGGCGCUCUGUCAAAAUGUUUUAGUACGACUUUGGUAAACUACAAAGCCGCACCGCUUGCAGCAUUACGGCUACCGUAGUCAGGAGCGUCGCGGAGUAAUACAUACUGUGCUUCACCAUAAUAUUACAGUGUGUGUGUAUAAGGACCCCAACAUGGCUCCUGUCAAGAGACACGCUUACGACGCGGACUUCAAACUGUUCAGACUGUUUUUUUACGUGUUACAACUGAACAGGGUUGGGAGUUAUUGUGAAUACGCUCAUUAACGUUUGAACAAUGUUGAGAGUUAUUGUGAACACGUUUAAUAAAG